AUGAAGUCAGAUGAUAGAGCACAAAUGGAGUCGCUAGCUGUGUCGCCAAUCACAGCACAAGUGAAAUCCGAAGAUACAAAAGAAAUGGCGUCGCCAGCCAUGUCACAAGUUAUCACUCAACUGAAGUCCAAAAAUAAAAUACAGAUGACAUCACUAGUCACAGAACAAAUGAAAUCAGAAUAUGCAAUAGAAAUUGCAUCCCUAGCCAUGUUGCCAGAUAAUAUGGCACAAGAGAAGUGCAAAGAUACAACAAAAGUCAUGUCAUCAUUUGCAUUGUCAGUUACAACACUAGAGACGUCUGAAGAUAGAACACAAAUAAUGUGGACAGCCAUGUCAGCACUCAUGGCACAACUGAAAUGUGGAGAAAAAAUUCAAACAGCAUUCCCAGCUGUGUUGCCAGUUACAAGACAAGAGAAAUCCGAAGAUAUGAUACAAAUAUCAUUCCCAGCCAUGUCAACAAUUAUGGGACAAGUGAAAUGCGAAGAAACAACAAAAUUGGUAUUGGCAACUGUGUUGCCAGUUACAAUGCAAGAGAAGUCUCAAGAUAUAUCACAUACGACUUCACCAGUCAUAGCUGAAGUGAAAUCAGAAGAUAGAACACAAAUAAUGUGGACAGCCAUGUCAGCACUCAUGGCACAACUGAAAUGUGGAGAAAAAAUUCAAACAGCAUUCCCAGCUGUGUUGCCAGUUACAAGACAAGAGAAAUCCGAAGAUAUGAUACAAAUAUCAUUCCCAGCCAUGUCAACAAUUAUGGGACAAGUGCAAUGCGAAGAAACAACAAAAUUGGUAUUGGCAACUGUGUUGCCAGUUACAAUGCAAGAGAAGUCUCAAGAUAUAUCACAUACGACUUCACCAGUCAUAGCUGAAGUGAAGUCAGAAGAUAGAACACAAAUAAUGUGGACAGCCAUGGUAGCACUCAUGGCACAACUGAAAUGUGGAGAAACAAUUCAGACAGCAUUCCCAGCUGUGUUACCAGUAACAAGACAAGAGAAAUCUGAAGAUAUGAUACAAAUAUCACUGCCAGCCAUGUCAACAAUUAUGGGACAAGUGAAAUGCGAAGAAACAACAAAAUUGGUAUUGGCAACUGUGUUGCCAGUUACAAUGCAAGAGAGGUCUCGAGAUAUAUCACAUACGACUUCACCAGUCAUAGCUGAAGUGAAGUCAGAAGAUAGAACACAAAUAAUGUGGACAGCCAUGUCACCACUCAUGGCACAACUGAAAUGUGGAGAAUCAAUUCAAACAGCAUCCCCAUCUGUGUUGCCAGUAACAAGACAAGAGAUGUCUGAAGAUAUGAUACAAAUGUCAUUGCAAGCCAUGUCACCAGGUAAGGAACAACCAAAACCUGAAGAUGCACUGCAAAUGGCAUCAGCAGUCAUAGUACAUGUUAAGUUAGAAGGUUCAAUAGAAAUGGAAUCGCCAGCCAUGUCACAAGUUGUGGCUCAACUGAAAUCUGAGGACACAAUGCAAACAGUGUUGCUAGGCAUAUCGCCAUUUAUAGCACUAGAGGAGUGCUACGACAGAACAGUAGUGGCGUCACCAAUUGUGACCCCAGUCACAAGACAAGAGAAGUCUGAAGAAUCAUUACAAAUGGCGUCGCCAACCAUGGCGCCACAAGUGAAGUCUAAAGAUACAUAUCAAAUAUCGAAGCCAGACAUGCCACCACUCACAUCACGAAGAAAAUCAGCAGAUAUCACGCAUAUGGUGUCACCAGCUGCGCUGCCAGGCAUGUCUGGAUCUGCCAGACAAAUGGCGUCAGCACCGAAAAUGCAAGUGGCAUCCCAAGAGACAUCUUCAGCCGCAACACGAGUGGCGUCUAUGAGCAGUGUUACAAGCUGCUAUAUGAGUGGGACUGCAAACCCUAAUGUCACUUACAACUUGAAACACAAGUCCAAGCCCGUCAUGAGCCACAAUACAAAAUGCACCUCCAAACCCAUCAGCGGCUUCAUUACAAGAGGCAUCUUCCAACCAUUUGCAAGCUACAAUGCAAGAGGCGUCUCCCAACCUUUUUCCCAUUUCAAAGCAAGAGGCAUCUCCCAGCCCAUCGCCAGCUGGAAUAGAAAAGGCAUAUUCCAACCAAUGGCCAGCUACGUUGGAAGAGACAUCUCCCAACCUAUUUCCAGUUACAGGGGAAGAGGCAUCCAACAACCCAUCGCCAGCUGGAAUAGAAAAGGCAUCUGCCAACCGAUAGCCAGCUACACUGCAAGAAACAUCUCCCAACCUGCUUCCACUUACAGUAGAAGAGGCAUGUCCAAUCCCAUCGAGAGCUACAAUAGAAGAGGUAUCUCUCAACCGAUCGCCUGCUACAAUGCAAUAGGCAUCUCCCAACCUAUUUACAGUUACAUUAGAAGAGGUAUCCCCCAACCCAAAGCCAGCUUCAAGAGAAGAGGCAUCUUCCAACCGAACGCCAGCUUGAAUGGAAGAGGCAUCUCCGAAUCUACUUCCAGCUACAAUAGAAGAGUCAUCUCCCAAUCCGUUGCCAGUUAUAAUACAAGAUGCAUAUCCCAUACAACCACCAACUACAAUACUAGAGGCAUAUCCCAACCCUUCGCCAGCUACAGCGAGAAUCGUAACAUCGGCCACAUCACCAGCCUCAUUUCCAAAUACAACAUGAGUCAUGUUGCCUAUCCAAUCGCUGUUUACAACACAACUCGUGUCAACAGUGCCACUGCCAGCUACAACAGCAGUCAUGUUUCCAGCGUUUUUUCUAAAUUUCGGUGA